GCUUACAUACCCUAUGCACCUCUGAGGCUGCCAUUCACCCCUGAGCCAUAAAAAAGUACUUUUUCUCUGGAGAGAUAGGUCACUAUUUAACAUGGAUGUCCCCUAGGGCCUCUAUCCUAUAGGAAAUGACCAUAUUGCAUAGGGAGUUGGAUUAUAUUGGUUAGCCACUUUGUUAUUCAGUCUGUUAAAAGCCCAAUCAUUCUAUUCUAGGGUCUCUGGAAAGUUCCUUUGACCCACAUGGCAUUUGCACAUGAUGUCUAUCAUUCUAUCAUAAACGCUCUAUUUACUCAAAAUUCUGUUCCCUGCUAAAAUACAGGUUCCUCCAGGAUGGAUAACUCUGAGAGUUGUCAGUCAUUUAAUGCUAACACAGAGCAGUGCCUUUGGAAAGACAUUUCAAAAAUUGGAAAACAAAGUUUGUGGAUGCCUGAGUAGCUGGAAGGCAUCUCCAGACAGGAAUCAAAUCAGAAAUGGAAAGCUGAGUCUGCUUCAGAGCAAACUGACUAUUUCACAAUUCCGAGUAGGACUCUGCUUCCUGGCCAUACUGAUUCUGUGUUGCCAAGGCUGGUCCCAGCAGGACUAUUUUGUGUUUGUGUUUGUUUUGUUUUGUUCUUUGAACUAGCAAGUGUGUAUCCUUUCUAGCACUUUCUAAAACACAGAAUGUGAGCUAAUUCAGAGCCCUUUAGGUGAACAGAGCAGUGAUUAGAAUGCACUGGUCUUCCUGUUGCUGUCGCUCUGUGAUUGUCCAUGUGCAUGUACUAAGUGGAUGCCAGCGCUGUUGAUGGACUGUCACUGAGACAGGGCAGUGUUUCCCUAACUGGCAAGCAGUGAUGUACUCAGGGGCUCUGCUAACACAUUGAUGCAUCUCUUCCUAACGUGGCUCCCUGCGAUUUCACACGUUGGUUGGUUGAAGCCAGCCACAAUGAGACUAUUUAUACCACAGAAAUGGGCAAAUGCUACACAUUGGACUUAUUCUUCCCAGGAAGUUGACUGUGAAAUAUGUAGUUGCACGCCACUGCUAUAAAACCUUAAAAAGUAAAUUUUAGGAUGUGCCAUGGCAUAUGAAAAAAUACUCAUUUUCUUGUUUUGUGUUUUUGAACAGAUGCCAGCAAUAUUCAAAUCAUAUUCAUUUCUGCAUACACUUUACACUUUAGCUAUAAUUAUGUAGGCAUACGUGGGGUGUUCAAAAAGUUCACAGAAAAUGCGUAUGUCAAACUAUGCAUAGAUUUCAAAAUGCUGAUGGGGACUGAGUAGGUUCAAGUGUAGAGCAAUAAACACCAACCCAGGCACCUCUACCCUCAGUCUCCUACCCCUGUCUCAUCUGCAUGUAAAACUCGAAUACCUUGUCCAAGCAGGUGUUAGAAAGGAAGCAGUCUAUUAGAACUCAUGAGCCUCGGAUGGUCCCUGGAGUUGCCAUUGCCCUCCUCUGGGGACGGAUCCUACUGCGGUGUCAGUGAGCUCUAUGUGGACCUGUGUAACAGAGGCUAAGACGAAACCUGGUCUGAUUUUUUCUGUUGCUCGCUCCUACUGUGAAAGAAGAUGUUCCUAUUUCAUUGAUUUAUUCAUUAAACGCAUAUCGCCUUCUUGUGCCAGACCCUCUGCUCAAGGCUUCAGAUGCAAAGGUGAAUUAACCCUGGCUCUGCCCUUCAGGGCUUUGCUGCCAGGGAAAGAGGCAGAGAAAGCACAGGGACACGUUCACAGUCUCGGGCGAAGUGGAGCUUGAGGCUCUGCCACUGACCCACGUGAGUGAGUUUGCCCGUUCCACCCCGCCAUCUGUCCCUCGUGAGGCUGAAUCCCCUUCCAAUAGACUGCUUUGGGUCUGAAUGACCUUGGAGACAGCCUGAAAUCCUGAGCGUGGAGGGGUGCUUUUAUAGUUCCUGGUCUGCACUUGUGUGUGCUUCGAAUAGAAUUUCCACAAACCUCUAAUUAUCUCCUCUUACCAAGCUGCCUGAGUGACUGACAACCAGAUCUUUAGUCACUCCAAGAAUGGAUUUCUGUUCAGCCCAUGCCCGGGAUGCAUUAGGAUGCCCAGAACAUGUGUGGCUGCCCCGAGUGGCACAGAGCAAUUAACAGAGGCCAAGCAAUUUGCAAAAUGCCUCAACUUCCUGCUCAUCUCGGAGACAGAAAAUUGUCAGACCUUAACCUCAGGAGGCUCCUCUGUAGAAUGACCCAAAGCAGAACCUCUGGUGUCAGAUUGUCCCCCAUUUUUUUUUUUUUUGCAAACAUAAGCACCCAGUUGAAACAACAGCUAUGACUCAGUUCUUAGCUAAUGCUGCCUGAAUUGAUUUAGUCUGAGUUCAGAUUUAGCACAUAAUCAUGUUCAAUUUGCUCCACUGCACUGCCUAGAGAUAAAAGGCUUGGGGAAAAAAAAAAAAAAGCUUCAGCUUGUGUCAGUCUUUGUGGUGAUGUCAUUGCCAUGAACGAGCCCGGCCGUUCAUUACUCUGCUGUGCCGACUCAGACGCGGACUGCGUGCAGUGGGAGCUGGCUCCAGGUGCCCGAGCCUCCAGCCAGUGCCUAGAGCAAGGCAGCAGCUGGCCUGGCCACAGCAGUAUCUGUCUGGAGGCUCUUCUCUUCUCUCACAAUUCUGAGGUUGCCUAACUCCUUUAUUGAAAAUUCAGGAAGGGGAAUGCCAGCCCCUAGCAUGGACUGUGAUGUUUCCACUCUGGUUGCCUGUGCCGUGGAUGUCGAGGUCUUUACCAAUCAGGAGGUUAAGGAGAAGUUUGAGGGGCUGUUCCAGGCUUAUGAUGACUGCGUGACCUUCCAGCUGUUUAAGAGCUUCAGACGAGUCCGAAUAAAUUUCAGCAACCCUAAAUCAGCAGCACGGGCCAGGAUAGAGCUUCAUGAGACCCAGUUCAGAGGGAAAAAAUUAAAACUCUAUUUUGCACAGGUUCAGACUCCAGAGACAGAUGGAGACAAGCUGCACCUGGCUCCCCCGCAGCCUGCCAAACAGUUUCUCAUCUCACCCCCUUCAUCUCCUCCUGUCGGCUGGCAGCCCAUCAGUGAUGCCACCCCUGUCCUCAAUUACGACCUUCUGUAUGCUGUGGCCAAACUAGGACCAGGAGAGAAGUAUGAGCUCCAUGCAGGGACUGAGUCCACCCCAAGUGUCGUCGUGCAUGUGUGUGACAGUGACAUAGAGGAAGAAGAGGAUCCAAAGACUUCCCCAAAGCCAAAAAUCAUCCAAACCCGGCGUCCUGGCCUGCCACCCUCUGUGUCCAACUGAGCUUAUUGCUCCAUCUUGACGAUAAUACCUGUCUCCUCUUUAUCAUGCUUUCUCCCCCUGUUUGUUGAAAAAAUAUUAAUUGCCUUUGAAUCCCUGGGUGUUUGGUUGUUUGAGAUUCCUUCCAUGUAAUCAAGCCUCUUGGACAAAAGGGCUAGGAAAAGGUGAAAUGUCUCCUGAUCAUAUCAUACCCAUUAAGUAUAAUCCAUUAUUUAGAAGGUUCUAGGGAAAAAAGUAGUAUUUUCUUAUUAAACAAUCGGCACAGCUUAUAUCUUCAUUCUCUCAUGUUGAUCCAAGUCAGAGACAUCAGUGACAAAUAGCACCUGUGUUGUUUGUGAGCUGUUUCAGUCCCAGUCCUGAAGUGUGUAUUGUUUUUUUCCUGGCCACUUAAAUAGGACCAUAUAUAAACUUGACUUUGACUGCAUGAGAUUUCCCUAUCUGGUCUCACUCAGUCCUCUGCAUCCCGACAUUCCCAGGACAUGCAUGAUCACCAGCAUUUAUUUUCAUUGUUUGAGGAUAUUCUACAAGCCACAGAUUGUCAGCAUCCAGCCAUGUCCUACCCUAGAUUAGGAAAUUAUCAGCAUCACCCAGCUCAACCAGUCUGGGUAGAUUCACUAUUUUGAGUCAAUUCUUCAUGGCUCUGUUAAAAUUCCUGGAGGCAAAACUGAGCUUGGCCCCAAAGAUAUUCCUCAAUAGAGUUUGAUUACCACUUCCGUGUGGAUCUUCCCAGCCUCAUGGGGGAGGCUUGUCUAGAGUGGUAGAGAUCAAUUUCAGACAAACCUAUUUAUUACAAAAGUUUCAUGGUGUCUGAAUGAUUUUUUUCCUCUUUGUAUACUUGUACAAAUGUUUCAGCUGUGCUUUUAAAAUCUGGAUGUUUUUUAUUUAGUGAUUGUUCAACCAUUAGCUGCUUGAAAAUAUGUGCAUUGCUUAUGAAUGCAUUCAUAGACUAAUACAGAUAAUCUGAUAUUAUUACACUCUAUUACAGAUAAUGCUGAAUUUUGAAAGGGCACAAAAACGUCUCAUGCCAAUAUAUAAAUGAUUAGCCAACAUCUUUGCUAUCAAGACCACUGUUUUUAAAUAAAGAUGCAAGUGUCAGUUAAAGCUAAACCUCCAGAAUGUAUUACAGCCAAGAAUAUUAAAAUAGGGAAGGAUGAUAGAAAAAUGUAUGCCAGUCCUGCUCAUGCAGUGCUUAAAAAAUACCAUUUGUUUUCGUUGUAUGUGAUUUUUUCUAUUUCUCUAUCCCCAAGUGCAUUACAGAAGAUACACCUUUAGAACCAUUACCUUCUGCUCCAUGUGCCAGGCCUCAUCUACUCCUGUACAUUAGUGAAUUCCUUCAGAUGCAAAUACAAAUUAUGACGGAGUGGGGGAAGUACUCUCUUUACCCAAGCCUCAGAAAAACACACAAGAACAAUGACACAGCCAACUGAUUGAAGGAUGGUUGUGGUUUUGGACUAAGGUGUAUGCUAGUUUCAUCAGGAACUUAACACAUAGACUGAUCACUCAGAAAUUAAAGUCCGUUCUACUGUGAAUAUAGCAAUAUAGUACUGGACACAGUACAGGCAAAACUGAGGAGAGCAUUGCUUGUAAAAUCCUGAGUUUCCAAAAGAACAAUGAAGACUCCUUUAAAAAAUAGAAUCUGAGGAGUAUAUAAUAAGCAAAUGCUUUGACUUUUCCUUUGCUAUGGAGGGUUUGGGUGUUUUCUUAGCCAAAGAGACUACACGCUUACCAGUGGAGAUGCAAUGCCCUCUAGUGAAGUACUACUCUCAGAAAUACAACAGUGCACCAUGGGCAGGCUGACUCUCUUCUCAGCCACCUGCAGGUCGUAUGAAUUUUUAAGCUAUCCUGAAUUUUCAGAAUGCAGAUUCUACAGAAAUCUAGAUGAGAGAAAAUGUUUAAAAAUGAUUUUUAAAUGUUGUAAAAUAUACAUCUGAUGUUUCCAACAAUGUAAUGAAGUUGAAGUGACUGUUCCAUGGAGUCAUAAAUUAAACUCAGUGGAGCACAUGACCCUGUUGGUUCAGUCUUAGUAAAAUUUAUUGCUACAUGUCUCAGAUCAGAUAAUUCCUUCACUAGGUUGGGUUUGGGGUGGAGAGGAUGAAGAGUUCCUGGGAGUGCUAAGAAAUGAGGACUCCUUGAAGUUUUUCAGUGGAACCUCCUAGCACUGGGGAAGUCAGAAUUGCCUCAGCAUUUCCAUGAUGCACAUUAUGCAAACCUCUUUAGCACUAUUUUAAGUUUGAGAAGUUUAAAUAUGGAGGGGAAGGGGAAGAUUUCCACUAACUGAAUCAUUUGUGCACGUGUAUAGCUCAAAGAGCUUAGACUUCAAAUAUAUCUGGUGAAUGAC